CCUCCAUCCCCAAACAUCUCGUCACAGGUCAAACGACUCCCGUUUCCUUCUACUGCUGCAGUGCGGCGGUAUCUUCCGCGAGUCGCUCCAGUCCCGAGAUCCUCACACCGGCGGAAAGGAGCAGAAUGCUGCAGUGCGUCUUCCUCCUCUCCGACUGCGGGGAGGUGUUGGUGGAGAAGCAGAUGACGGCGCACCGGGUGGACCGCGCCAUCUGCGGCUGGUUCUGGGAGUACGUUCUUGCCCACGCCGCCGGGGACCCGUCCAAGGUCUUGCAGGUUGUGGUGUCCCCAACACACUACUUGUUCCAAGUAUAUCGCAACGGCGUGACGUUCUUGGCAUGCACCCAAGUGGAGAUGCCCCCGCUGAUGGCUAUCGAGUUUCUCUCUCGCGUGGCUGAUGUCUUGACAGAUUACCUUGGAGAUAUAAAUGAAGACACAAUCAAGGACAACUUCGUAAUUGUUUAUCAGAUUCUAGAUGAAAUGAUGGACAAUGGCUUUCCGCUCACUACUGAGCCAAACAUCUUGAAAGAGUUGGUUGCGCAACCAAAUAUGGUCAGCAAAAUGUUGAAUAUUAUGACUGGUAAGAGUUCUACUAUUGGUAACAAACUUCCAGAUGCAACUGCUUCUUUUGUACCUUGGCGAACAACACUUGUCAAGGAUGCAAGCAAUGAAGUCUAUGUUAACAUAGUUGAGGAACUAGAUGCAUGUGUGAACAGAGAAGGGGUUCUAGUGAAAUGUGAGGCGUGCGGUGAAAUUGAAGUGAAUUCCAGCCUUCCUGGGUUACCAGAAUUGACCUUGUCAUUUGCUAAUCCCACACUUAUCAAUGAUGUGAGGUUCCACCCCUGUGUCCGAUUCAGACCUUGGGAGUCCAAUCAGAUCUUAUCUUUUGUUCCUCCUGAUGGACAAUUCAAACUUAUGAGUUAUAGGGUUAAGAAACUGAAGACCACACCAAUUUAUGUGAAACCACAAUUAUCUUCUGAUUCUGGGAAUUGCCGUGUUAAUGUAAUGGUGGGGAUUCGAAACGAUCCUGGUAAAGCUAUUGAUUCUAUAAUAGUGCAGUUUCAGUUGCCUCCCCUUAUUGCUUCUGCUGAUUUGACCGCAAACCAUGGUACAGUUGACAUCCUUGCCGAUCAGACCUGCGUUUGGACAAUUGGGCAUAUUCCAAAAGAUAAAGCACCAUCCCUCUCUGGAAAUCUACGUCUUGAGGAAGGACUGGCUCAUUUGCAUGCAUUUCCAACAUUUCAGGUGAAGUUCAGGAUUAUGGGGGUUGCACUGUCUGGGCUUCAAAUUGAUAAGCUGGAUGUGAAAAAUACACCAAACGCACCAUACAAAGGUUUUCGAGCCCAAACUCAGGCUGGAAGGUAUGAGGUCAGAUCAUAAUAGGAGCUCACGGAAGUCUUGGCCGCCAUAUUUGACACCCUAAUUCAAAAUGGUGCCAUAGCCCAGAACCAUCAAGGUGUUUUCUUGUCCAUCCAUAGCCAGCAUGGCUGUGCAAAUGUUCUGGCCUGCAGACCUGGCAUACUGAACGUCAGAAUUGUAAAUGCAUCCAUUUUCCCUGGUUGCAGAAGCGUCAAAAUACAGUAUCCUGACAUGCAAAGUGAAGACGGCUGCGUGUGUAGAUAGCGUCUGAUGUAUCAAGGUUUGGAGUUGUGCUGUACUGUCAUGGUCACCGUUAGUCUGCAUAUGCUCAGUCAUUCCUGAGAAGUGAGAACUACCCACAGUUAGAAAGCGUUGUGUUUCUUUCUCAGGCUCACAGCUACUUGUGUGCAGUUGUAAUUUGAGAAUAGCUGUAUAAAAGGAUAAGUGUUGGCUGUAAUAUUUUUUUAUUAAAGAUAGAUCAACUCGUUCUUUGAA